AUGGCCGCGAUGAAAAACGAAUACAACUGUUUACGUUCCCAGCUUAAGGACCUUGAGUCCAAUACCAAGUUUAAACAGAAAAUUAUUGACGACAUGUGUUCGACGUCGGAAGCACGAAUCAGUGCCCUAAAUACUGAAAUCCACCGUCUCAUGGAGUCAGCCAAGAAUAUCUCCGAACAGCGUGCCGCGGCACAGGCCGAGUUGACAGCUCUCCGAAAACAUGUGCAGGCCAGCAACGAGGAGCUUAUUCGCAUCCAGGACCGCACAAACUCGGCUAUCGCAGAUAUGGGUCGAUCUGAAGCCUCACUGACCGCACGCCAGCGGCUAAAUGACGGGCUGAAUCGCGAAAUGGAUUUGCAGACCCACAGUCUGAACGACCCGCAAAUCUUUUCUUUCUGCGCCAAUUCGGAGAGGAUGGAGAACGACGCAGAAUUGGACCGGGUUGUGACAACUAUUGGAAAAUCGAAGAAGAAGCUGCGUGUGUUGUCGGAGAUGGAGACGGUCGACGGCAACCUUUUGCGCAUGAGACUGCAAGAACUCGAGGAAGAGGUUAAACAAAAGGGCAACUCAGAUGUGUCGCUUUAUAUUUAUUCACCUCUCACAGAUCAGGAAAUCAUCCGUUUGACUGAAGUCCUCCAAUCCGAUGACAGGCGAACCAACCAGGACCUGGCGGAUGAGUUGGAACGUGUACGUGGUCAACUGGCGGCUGCGCACCGACUUUGUCAGAAGAUCAAACGGCGAACUGGUCGCGAACUUGCCCAACUAGAACGCGUCGCCGAGGAGCAAUGUGCACGUGCUGGUCUCCUGUACGAGGAACUAACCACCCUCAAGAAGAAUCACACCUUCCUACAGGCCCGGGUAGCUGCUGCCGAGGAGCUGACCGAUCGUGAGCAGCGGCUGCAAAAUGCUCUUUCGGCCGUGCGAGUCGAGCUGAAAAACUGUGGAGCAAAGGCGGCUGAAAACGCAUUGGAGCACUUUAGCGUGGUGGAAACGAUGAUGUCCAGGCGCAGCCGUAGUCCCCUCAGCGGCCUUUUCAACAAGGACGGUACUUCACCUUUGCCUCUGCCCGUUUUGAGGUCACCUGUUGCACAUGUCGCCAGUAAGAAAACACCACUAAGGAAGGCGACAUCAACUGCAACGAAGGACCAAGCAAUAACCGAACAGAAAGUCGGCAUUGCACCUCUGCCGUCGACAGUGAGCACUACCACGAUGACCACGAUGACCUCUUCGAGGCUAGCACCUACCGCCGGCAAGGCCGAUGGUGCGUCCAGCUUUUCGCCAUCCUCUGGAAUUGGCUCCUCUCCCGGGCAGACCGCGACACGAUCUUCCACAUCAAGCGAAAGACGCUUCACCGAUCAGCAGGGACUAACGAAGCGUCCGAUAGAUGCUGACUGGGAGCGUUGGCAGAUUGCCUACCGGGACAUCUCGUCUGAUAUGCAACAAAUAAGACGACAAAUCAACAGCGCCUGCAGUGGCCGCGGCGCUAUCAGCAGCUCUAGUGUGGACAAAAUCGCUGUCAUGCCCACUGGGAACGUGGCCUAG